AUGACAUGGGCUGGUGAGGAUUGGGGUCCAAUAGGGACCGAUCAAGACCGUUCAAUUAAUGGGCAUUAUGAAAGUGUUCAAAAGAUGGGUGAGAAGGAAGAAGAUAGGUUGUUGGGUGAAAAGAAGGGAGCCUCCUCAACAGAGGUGAAGAUCAAGAUUACUAAGAAAGAAUUGGAGGAGUUGCUAGGGAAGUUAGAUAUCCAAGGGAUGUCAAUCGAGAAAGUCCUGACCCAGUUGAUGGAUGCGGGUGGCGAGUGUCAUCUACGGCACCGGUCAUGGCGGCCGGCUCUCCAGAGCAUUCCAGAAGUGAAUUAA